GGCACUUCGUAGGGGAGCCCGGCUGCAAACCGGGCAGCCGAGAUGGCGGCGCCGCAACCGUGCGCGGACGGCUCCUGUUGUUCGCACCCCGGUGCGGUGCCCGGGGUACAGCAGACGCUGGAGGAGAUGGACUUUGAGAGGGGAAUCUGGUCGGCAGCCCUGAAUGGAGACCUGGGCCGAGUGAAAUAUUUCAUCCAGAAGGCCACAGACCCCAGCCAGCCCGACUCUGCCGGCUACACCGCACUGCACUAUGCUAGUCGCAAUGGGCACUAUGCUGUUUGCCAAUUUCUGCUGGAAAGUGGAGCAAAGUGUGACGCCCAGACCCACGGGGGUGCCACAGCCUUGCACCGGGCCAGCUACUGUGGGCACACGGAAAUUGCACGACUGCUGCUUUCCCAUGGGUCCAACCCUCGGCUAGUUGAUGAUGAUGGCAUGACCAGCCUGCAUAAGGCGGCAGAGAAGGGUCACGAGGACAUCUGCUCCCUCCUGUUACAACACAGCCCAGCCCUGAAGGCUGUCCGGGAUCGCAAAGCACGCCUAGCAUGUGACCUGCUGCCCUGCAACAGUGGCCUGAGGGACCUGCUGGCCAGCUGAGGCUCCGCCUCCCGUCUCUGGCUGCCCUUGAAGGGUACACAGACAGCUCUCCACACCCUGCCUUGCUCUGCAUCAGGCUGCCUGAUGGGACCAGGGCCAGACUGCCUGGAAGAGCCCCUGUCUAGCUGGUGUGGGAGCCAGUAGGAAGGCUUGGGAGGGCUGACGGCUGUGAGCCUAGACAGGUGAUCAUAUAAGUUAGUCCUUGUAGAAACAGCUAUCCAUUUGGAUGGAAAUAAAGCUUAUAUCUUGACAUCAUUCCACAGACAAAGAUAAAUUUCCAGAUAAGAGUCCUAAAUAUAAAAAUGCAAAACUUUAAAAUAUUAGAAGAAAAUAGAGUGUCUAACAGCAGCUGCUUUCUAGCCAAAUGAGCUUGGUGCAGCUUUCUCUUUUUACCUGCCUGUUCCUCAGCCUCCCUGUCUGUGAGAUGAAAGUGACUAGAACAGGCCUACUCAGGGUUCCUGGAGGUCUGUGCGCUCUGGUGAGUAUGCGGGGCACUACAAGCAGCACGGGGGAGUGCUCGCUGCUGGGCCUGGCCUGGCAGUGCGGCCCAACCUAUCAGCCGCUCGGGAGGCUGAGGCCAACCUGGGCAGCAUAGACCCCGUCUCAGAAGGUAAAAAGAGGGGCUAUCGCUCAGUGGUGGAGCGCUCGCCUGACAUGCAAAAGCCCUACCGUUCAAUCCCUAACACAAUGUGGAGAAACGGUGGCCAGUCCCAAAGUCUGGCUGAUACUAGCUUUUAUUCCAGAAUUUCAGUUCUAGAAGUCUGGUUUGUACAGAGUGUAGCUGUGCCAGGUGUGAUUGCACACACCUUUAGUCAUGGCACCCAAGGCAGGAAGAUCCCUUGGAGCUCUAGCCAGCCAGAGCUACAGAAACCAUGUCUCCAAAAAAACAGGUAAUUAUAAUUGCUUUUUUGUUUCGUCUGCACAGCUAGCUAGUGAGACUGCACAGCUGUCCCUGACCUUCCUCUUUGACAUGGUUUUGUUCUUGCUGUGUAGUCUAGGCUAGCCUUCCUUCAACCUGGAGCCAUUCUCUGGCUUGAGUGUUGGGAUUAUAGUUAUGUGUAUACCACAUAUAUUGCCGUGCUUCUAUUCAUUCCCAGGAACUUUGCGUGUCGAGCAUUUGCUUUGGUCAUAUGCACAUAUAAAGAGAAACGUGUAUGAAACAUGCUUUAUACAUGGACACUAAAAUUCUCUUUUGCACUGUCACUUGCCUUAAGUUGUUUGGCUUCUGGUCAUGGAAACUGGCGCAUGCACCAUAGACAGCAAUUUAGCAAGACCUCUGUAAGUGAGCAGAGCCAAUAGUUUCGACUUCUUUGUAGCAACAUAGGAAGAUUCGUUCUUGAUUACAGAGGUGUCUAUUUACAGACUCAUUUACAAACUGUGCUUUAGGACCCAAGGCCCUGGGUUCCCCGGCACUGACAGAACAAGAGAUGCAUUAAAAUAUAGUGUAUAUUUAAAAAGAGAGCACCUAGCAUGGCGGCGAACACGUAAUCCCAGGACUCAGCAGCUUAGGCAGAAUUAUAAGCUUGAGGCUAGCCUGAGCUACAGUGUGAGACUGUGUGUUUGUGAGAGAGACAGAGAGAGACAGAGAUGGAGAGAAGGGGAGAGCGCAAGACUGACCUACUGAGAAAAGACAACUGACCUGCUCCCUGGCAGGAAGGGGUCAGGCUCGGCACAUCACUUGCAUGUAGAGGUGGCAGUGUGGCGAGAGGGCCACGUGGUGCCCACAGUGUGACACUUUGCAGAUGGCAUGUGCCGUGCAGACACAAGGGAGAGCUGGGAAGAUGUGGUUUCCCUGGGCCACUAAAGCAAGAAUAAUCAAAUAGGUCUUUAGUUUUGUUUUUAAAAAUAGAGCGUAAGUUUUUAUUUUUGUUUUUGUUUUUGUUUUUUACCUAGAGAUGUAGUACCAGUUACCUCUGUGUGGUAAAAACUAGCAUUUUCCUUUAAAAAAAAUUUUUUUUUGGUUUGUAUACAGGUAUUUGAGCCACUGCGAAACUUUAAACCCAAGGCUGUCUUUCUUCAGCCAUCUCAGUGCGAGGCAUUUUGUUUGUUUAUUUUUUGUCUGUUUGAAACAGGUCUUUCUAUGUAAUCCUGGCCUCCUGGAACUGACUCUGUAGACCAGGCUGGUCUUGAACACAGAGAUCCUCCUGUCUCUGCCCCAAAUGGUGGGACUAAGGGUGUGCUCCACCAAACCCACCCAAAUACUAGAAUAAUGCUCAACCGUGCCCAGCUUCAUCAGAUGUGGGACAGUGGAGGCAGAGCUAGUCCGACUUUCUUGUCGGCCUCCUUUCCCACGGAGUAACUGCUUCCCUCCUCACAAGGGAACACAAAAACCGAAAGACCCGGGCUUCUUUAAGAAGUUGUAUUUCAGCCGGGCAGUGGUGGCGCACGCCUUUAAUCCCAGCACUCGGGAGGCAGAGGCGGCGGAUCUCUGUGAGUUCGAGACCAGCCUGGUCUACAAGAGCUAGUUCCAGGACAGGCUCCAAAACCACAGAGAAACCCUGUCUCGAAAAAACAACAACAAAAAAGUUGCAUUUCCUUAAAUUCUCUUAAAUCCAUGAGGCCGACGUGGACAACAGGCGCUCUGGUAACUCUCUGUGGUCUCUGGGCCUCCUUUAACCACAUUUUCCCCUUGUGCUUAUUUGGGUCUCCCUGUUCAUGUUGCUUUCAUGCCGGAGUCUUGUUUACUGGGUAUCUGAUUUCCUUGCAAAGGUCAAGUUGGAAUUUGGGGCACAGCAGAGUGAAAAACAUUUCUGGCUUCUGAAGAAUUAGGAAUUUGAUUUUUGUUGGCUGAAGACAGUUUGCUUUGUGGCUGGCUGUCAUGAUCAUUGCUACAGCCCGGGACUUGGAGCGGGUCUCCCUUGCCCUGUUGAAGGGCAUGCUUCCUGCCCAGAGAGUAUCUGGUGUGGACCUAGAAGGCUUCUUCAGCCCUAUAAGGACUGAUAACAGGCUGGGGCAGGACACCAUGUGCUGAGGGACAAAUCUGGGAGGGGAGGGCAGCCUUGAAACUAGCCAGAGAAACCUAGUUUCAUCAUGUAGGUCCAGGAGAAUUCCCAAGGCAUUAGGUCAGCCUCUUCUGUUGUCCUUCCUGAGGUCCUCUGGAUGCCUGCCUUGUGCCCGGGGUCUAAGCUGGUCUUGGCAGUGGCACAGGCAGCCCGAUCUCCAUUGUGAAGCUGGGUCCCACCAGUGGGCUCUGAACUCAGAAGAGUAAGAAAUGUUUCCCCUGGGCCUGGCCCAGGCAUCCCAGCCCAUGUGGUGGUAAAAUGACUCUCUGGUAGAUGGGGUGUGUGGCAGGUGCAAGGUAGUGGGUGUCUGAGGAGG